AUGCCAAAACGACAGCAUGCGAGGAGUCUCAGCCAUCCUUUCCCCAAUAUAUUCGGUCGACGGAAGAGUGCGGCGAAUGUCGAGGCAGACGGAGCGGUCGACUCGACCGACGAUGAAUUCGUCCAUCAGGAUGUGGACAGCUCUCCGAAUGGAAGUCCGCUGAAGAGGAUUCCAACGACUAAACGAGCCGAGGACAAAGACAUCGAGAUUGGACGAUGUAUGACAUGCGAUUCGAAAGUCAAAUGGCCGAAAGGUCUGAAAGUCUUCCGGUGCAUGUCAUGCUUGAUGGUCAAUGAUUUGGAGCCGAUGUCACAGCAGAGACGAGGCGAACGGCAAGUAAGGAGCGAAGGUCAAGAGCACCCAGGGACCUAUCCUGGGGCCGGUCAGCCGCAGAGAGUAUAUCCUCUGUCUGUUGAGCGGACACGAGCCAUUAUCCACCGAUGUAUAGAAAUAUACCUCCAUUCCCGCAAGAAUAUGGAAAACGGCCAAGCAGGCACGCCUCGAUUACGGCCCAUGCCGGGACCGCCAAACCUCCCUGAAGGCGGAGAACAUACACCAUCACCUGGCGGAGAUCUUCGAGAGUCUCCCGGUCCGAUUACAGCCGAUCAGAACGGGAUGGAAGACAAUCCUAUCGACGAGGCUCUCGGGAAACACCUUGAGAUUCGACAACGGGGCCACAGAGGGUCCGAAGCUACCCUGAGGCCCACUACGCUGUCCAGCUCUGCUCCUGAAAAAGCGCCUCCACCGCCAAACCGUCGCCCUCCUCCACCUCCUAUAUCACCUCAUCCCGCCUCCGUGGACCCACCUAUUCCUUCACCUAAAUUACCUAGUCCCAGGUUAACCCAAGCCGAGAUGGAGGAGCGGAGACGUUUCGAUCGAGUCCGAGGUAUUUUCCGACCCCUCGAAGACUAUAUCAUCAGCAGCUUCGGCAAUUGGGAGUGCCUGAACUCAUCUUUCGCCCUUGGACGCCCGAAAACAGGACAUCGAACUCGCAGCGAGGGUUCCGCCCAAAUAUCCACCCCAAGGUCAAGAGACGAACGGCCUAAUCAAGCACUUGGCUUCCCAGGAGUUGCCCCCGAGUUGGAUGCCAAGACGUUAUUAUUGGGCGACGUUGCUGAAAACGGUCUCUGGUGGACCGGAAGGCUUGAACGGAAUGUGUCUCAUGAAGGAUACUCUCGCCAGGAACCGCACGUGGAACCGUCUCGCUCGCUCGUUACCAAUCGGUCGCCGAUGAUGCAUUGGUUCGAGGUGAACCAGUGGUACAACUCCGUCUUCUGUGCUGGCCAGUCCUGGCGUGAAGUCGCAAAGACUGUAAUGCCCGGCACACUUCCCGCCGAGGAUACUCCGGACUAUGGAACGGCAGUGGAAGAGAUAGAGCAAGAUCUGGAGGAUGCGCGAAUUCACACCCAACGAGUCCUUUUAAAAGUCGCCGAGAACCUCCUCAAACGACCCGGCCGGCCGCUACGGGAGCCGAACGAUAUCCGUUUUCUUCUUAUCCUGCUAGCCAACCCGAUACUUCAUGGUUCUACGGCCCGUCGAUAUGUCCGCCGAAAAUCCAUGGCGGAUGCGUUGCAAUUGCCCAAGCCGAGGCGACCGUCUCGAACACUCCAUCCGAACGUAGACCGACCAUAUUUGCAAUCCACCCCCCAUCAGCCCUCGCCCUCCCGCGGUCGAGCCCGGACGAAUGAGCCCGGCAACCACUCCGGAAUCAUCAAGCGGAUUCUCGGGCUCCUCUCCACUCUUCCUCCCGAAUGCCACCGCGUCCUUGUCAGCUGGUUUUCCAAGUACGAAGAACGUCAUUUCACGACCACCGUGGACAUCGUCGCAAGCUUCGUGACCUACCGUCUCAGCCGGCAGGACCAGCGCAAACGGAGCAACAGCCAGAACCAGGAUCCCACCGCCGGGUUGAUCCCGAGCCUUGGCAUCGGCUCCUCGACAUCAGCACAGCUGCAUGCUGCGAUCGGACUAUCAAAUAAUUCUGGCUUUGGUAGCGGCGUCGGCGCGAGCGGAUCCGGAUCGCGCCGUGCGAACGGUAGGAAAUCGGAGGUAUUCCCCGGGGCGCGGGUACCUGUGUACGCGGACGACUGGCAAUUGAAAGCCGCAUCCAAGGUGAUGGCAUUGCUGUUUGCCGCGAAUAGCAUUUACUACUCCCGACGCCUGCCACCGCCUCCCGACGUCGACGGUGCGGGUGACCUAUCAGCCGCCACCGUACGACACCGUGCUCGAAACCAUGGGCAACUCCUGCCGACAUCUGACUUCUACAACACGUUGCUCGACUAUUCCGGCGACUUGAUCGCGGACUUCGAGGCGUGGGAGUCGCGUCGGGCGACGUUUACGUUCUGUCAGUAUCCCUUCUUCCUGUCGAUCGGGGCGAAGAUCCGCAUUCUAGAAUACGAUGCGCGGCGACAGAUGGAGAACAAGGCGCGUGAAGCGUUCUUUGAUGGGUUGUUGAAGAAUCGGGUGGUGGAGCAGUACUUCCAUCUGAGGGUCCGAAGGGACUGUUUGGUGGAGGAUAGUUUGACGAGGAUUAGUGAGAGCGUGGGUGGAAGUGGGGUGGAGGAGGUGAAGAAAGGGUUGCGAGUGCAGUUCGCUGGAGAAGAAGGGAUUGAUGCUGGCGGAUUAAGGAAGGAGUGGUUCCUCCUGCUGGUGAGGGAGUUGUUUGAUCCGAAUCAUGGAAUGUUCCUCUACGACUCGGAGUCCAACUACUGCUAUUUCAAUCCCUUCUCCUUCGAACAAUCCGACCAAUACCACCUCGUCGGCGCGGUCCUCGGCCUCGCAAUCUACAACAGCACCAUCCUCGACGUUGCGCUCCCACCCUUCUGCUUCCGCAAACUACUCGCCAACGCCCCAUCAUCCUCCCACCCCUCCGCCUCAUCCCAAUCCCGAGACGCCCACAACGUCCCCGCGCAACCACACACCCAACCCCCAUUCGUCCCCACCCUCGACGACCUCUCCGAACUCCACCCCACCCUAGCCCGCAGCCUCCGCUCCCUUCUCACCUACACCGGCGACCUCACCGACCUCACCCUCGACUUCACCGCCUCCCUCGACCGCUACGGGUCCCCAUUCCCCUUCGAACUUGCCCCCAACGGCGCCAACACCCCCGUCACCAACGAUAACGUCGGCGCCUACGUCGACGCCUACGUCCGCUACGUCCUUGACGGCGCCGUCGCCCGCCAAUUCGAGCCCUUCAAACGCGGCUUCUGGACCGUGUGCGCCGGCAACGCGACGUCCCUCUUCCGCGCGGAAGAAGUCGAGCUCCUCGUCCGCGGCGCCGACGCCGAGCAGGGCGUCGAUGUGGCGUCCCUCCAAGCGGUCGCCGUGUACGAAGGGUGGAAACUCCCCAACGGCACGACGGCGACCGACCCGGCCGAGCAGAUCCCCGUAGUCAAGUGGUUCUGGGAGGUGUUCCGAGUGGCGAACGCGGCGGACCAGCGGCGGAUUCUGGGGUUCAUCACGGGGAGCGACCGGGUGCCGGCGGUGGGGGCAGCGAGCCUGGUGAUUCGGGUGACGUGCGCGGGGGUCGGGCCCGGGGUGGAGGAGCGGUUCCCGAUCGCGCGGACGUGCUUCAAUCAGGUGAUGCUGUGGGGGUAUUCAACGCGGCGGCGGCUGGUGGAGAAGUUGUGGAGGGCGGUGACGGAGAGUGGGGGAUUUGGGUUAAAGUAA